ACGUCGCAGUCAUGGUGUGGUGCGGUAGCGUGUGGUUCAGAAAGUAUGGAAACUUCAUUGAUAACCUAAGACUCUUCACCAGGGGAGGAAGUGGUGGAAUGGGUUACCCUCGUUUAGGUGGAGAAGGUGGAAAAGGUGGUGAUGUCUGGGUUGUAGCCCAUAAGAAAAUGACUUUAAAACAACUUAAAGACAAAUAUCCUCAGAAACGGUUUGUGGCUGGAGAAGGAGCAAAUAGUCGUGUUAAUGCACUGAAAGGCUCCAGAGGAAAAGACUGUGAAAUUCCUGUACCUGUGGGUAUUUCAGUAACUGAUGAAAAUGGUAAAAUUAUAGAAGAACUCAGUAAAGAGAAGGACAGAAUUUUGGUAGCUGAAGGAGGUCUUGGUGGUAAAUUACUUACAAAUUUCUUACCAUUGAAAGGCCAUAAACGAGUCAUUCACCUUGAUCUAAAACUUAUAGCUGAUAUAGGCCUAGUAGGAUUCCCAAAUGCAGGAAAAUCCUCUUUGCUAAGUCAGGUUUCUCAUGCAAAACCUUCAAUCGCAGAUUAUGCAUUUACAGCAUUAAAGCCUGAACUUGGAAAGAUUGUGUAUAAUGAUUUCAGACAGAUAUCAGUAGCUGAUCUUCCUGGUUUAAUAGAAGGAGCGCAUAACAAAGGAAUGGGCCGCAAAUUCCUCAAGCAUAUAGAAAGAACUAGACAACUACUUUUUGUUGUCGAUAUUUCUGGAUUUCAGCUUUCUUCCCAAACUCAAUACAGAACUGCCUUUGAAACCAUAAUACUUCUUACAAAAGAGUUGGAAUUGUACAAAGAGGAACUUCAGACAAAACCUGCACUCCUGGCAGUUAAUAAAAUGGACUUGCCAGGUGCCCAAGAUAUGUUCCAUGUACUGAUGAAUCAACUCCAGAAUCCUAAAGAUUUUUUGCAUUUAUUUAAGAAAAACAUGAUUCCAGAGAGGACUGUGGAGUUCCAACACAUCAUCCCCAUCUCUGCAAUUACAGGAGAAGGAAUUGAAGAAUUAAAGAACUAUAUAAGAAAAUCUCUGGAUGAACAUGCCAAUCAGAAAAAUGGUGCAUAUCAUAAGAAACAGUUGCUUAAUUUACAGAUAUCUAAUACAAUGUCAUAUAAUGAGCCACCACCAAAUAAUGGUGUUACUAGUCCCAGAUAG